AUGAGAUUCCAGCCCCUUUUUUGGAUAUUUUUUAUUUUUGUGAUGAGUCUCCUUUUUAUCAGCGAACAGAAACCAGUUAAUUUUCCCAGGAGAAGAAAACUAUACAGACACAACUGCUUCCACAGGAGAUGCAUUUCGCUUCAUUCUCGAGUGCCCUUCCCAUGAGAAAAUCUCUGACGGCCUUGGUUCUACCAGAAGAAGGGUGGAAGCAAAGAUAUCCAACACCGUGAAAACGACCUCAGGU